GUAGGACUGACUCAGUUCCCAGCUCCCAAAUUCAGCUCUCUUCUUUUACCUCAUUCAAUAUGAAUCAAAUGAAAAAUCAGUCCAAGCUAACUUUCUAGCUUCUCCCUCCCCGAUUGGAAAAAAGAAAAGAAGGGGAUUCAAGAAAUUAGAAUCCGCCCCAGAAUUAACAGGAGGGACGAGGAAAAAACAGAGUGAAGGAAAAAGGUUCUUUCUUUUUUAAAGUUCAAGACAAGAAGAAACCCUAUACAUCUGCUGCGAAAUUUCUUGACACUCCCAGAAAUUUUACCCAAUCGGGUUCUCUUAUUAACUCCAUGUCUGUCCUAAUUCAGCUUAAAAAUCCAAACUUGUAACACACACUCAAGGUGAGCUUGUCCUUUCCUUCUUCUUCUUCUUCUUCUUCUUCAACACAGAUGGCCUCAGGGGGAAGCAGAGCAUCAAGCAGUCUUCAUCAUCACCAUUCUAAAGGUAGAGGUCAAGCUCAAUCUUCAGGGACAAGCCAAAAUGUAAACUACAGGGAGUCAGUCAGCAAGGCUGUGGCUCAGUACACCGUGGAUGCUAAGCUACAUGCUGUAUUUGAGCAGUCUGGUGAGUCUGGCAAGUCCUUUGAUUACUCUCAGUCCGUUAGAAACACCACACACUCUGUUCCCGAGCAACAAAUCACUGCAUAUUUGUCUAAAAUCCAGAGGGGUGGUCAUAUUCAACCCUUUGGUUGUAUGAUAGCCGUAGACGAGGCUUCGUUCAGUGUCAUUGCUUAUAGCGAAAAUGCGCGUGAAAUGCUUGGUUUAACUCCUCAAUCAGUCCCUAGCCUCGAAAGGCCUGAGAUCCUCACAAUUGGGACUGAUGUAAGGACCGUUUUCACCCCUUCCAGCUCUGUUUUGCUCGAAAGGGCAUUCGGGGCGCGAGAAAUCACUUUGUUAAAUCCGAUUUGGAUUCAUUCAAAGAAUUCUGGGAAGCCCUUUUAUGGAAUUCUGCAUAGGAUUGAUGUUGGGAUUGUAAUUGACUUGGAGCCUGCUAGGACUGAGGAUCCUGCUUUAUCAAUUGCUGGGGCUGUUCAGUCUCAGAAACUAGCUGUGAGGGCGAUUUCACAUUUGCAAUCACUCCCCGGUGGAGAUAUUAAGCUUUUGUGUGAUACUGUGGUUGAAAGUGUGAGGGAGCUUACGGGCUAUGACAGGGUAAUGGUGUAUAAAUUUCAUGAGGAUGAGCAUGGUGAGGUUGUGGCUGAGAGCAAAAGGUCGGAUUUGGAUCCUUAUAUCGGGUUGCAUUAUCCAGCCACCGACAUUCCUCAGGCAUCAAGGUUUUUGUUUAAGCAGAAUAGGGUUAGGAUGAUCGUGGAUUGUCAUGCUACUUCCGUUCAGGUGCUGCAGGAUGAAUCACUCAUGCAGCCUCUAUGUUUAGUUGGUUCAACACUUCGAGCUCCUCAUGAUUGCCAUGCCCAGUACAUGGCUAAUAUGGGGUCAAUUGCCUCAUUAACUCUUGCAGUCAUCAUUAAUGGAAAUGAGGAGGAUAGUGUUGGGGGCCGGAAUUCCAUGAGACUUUGGGGCUUGGUUGUUGGUCACCACACUUCUGCUCGUUGUAUUCCUUUCCCUCUGCGUUAUGCCUGUGAGUUCCUAAUGCAAGCCUUUGGGCUCCAAUUGAACAUGGAGUUACAAUUGGCUUCACAGUUGUCUGAGAAACAUGUUUUGAGGACACAAACACUUUUGUGUGAUAUGAUUCUUCGAGAUUCUCCAACUGGGAUUGUUACACAGAGCCCCAGCAUUAUGGACCUCGUGAAAUGUGAUGGUGCUGCUCUGUACUACCGGGGAAAGUGCUACCCACUGGGCGUGACACCUACUCAAGCCCAGAUAAAGGAUAUUGUUGAAUGGUUGUUGGCUUACCAUGGGGACUCAACAGGAUUGAGUACUGAUAGUUUGGCUGAUGCAGGGUACCCUGGGGCAGCCUCUCUUGGUGACGCUGUUUGUGGGAUGGCUGUUGCUUAUAUUACUUCAAGAGAUUUCUUGUUCUGGUUUCGCUCCCACACUGCCAAAGAGAUAAAGUGGGGUGGUGCAAAGCAUCAUCCAGAGGACAAAGAUGAUGGGCAGAGGAUGCAUCCACGUUCUUCUUUCAAAGCAUUUCUGGAAGUAGUCAAAAGCCGUAGUUUGCCAUGGGAGACUGCUGAAAUGGAUGCAAUUCAUUCCUUGCAGCUUAUACUACGAGAUUCAUUCAGGGAUGCUGAUGGAAGCAAUACAAAGGCUGUUGUUCAGAAUCAGAUUGUGGAUAAUGAGUUUCAAGGGAUGGAUGAACUCAGUUCUGUUGCCAGGGAAAUGGUUAGAUUGAUAGAGACUGCAACAGCACCAAUAUUUGCUGUAGAUGUUGAAGGCCGUAUAAAUGGGUGGAAUGCAAAGGUUGCUGAAUUGACAGGCAUGCCUGUUGAAGAAGCUAUGGGGAAGUCCUUAGUUCGUGAUAUUGUUAAAAAAGAAUCAGCAGAAACUACUGAAAAGCUUUUGCUUCAUGCUUUGAGAGGUGAAGAAGAUAAGAAUGUUGAGAUAAAGCUGAGGACAUUUGGAGCUGAAGAAAAUAAGAAAACUGUAUUUGUGGUGGUCAAUGCUUGCACUAGCAAGGAUUACACAAAUAACAUAGUUGGGGUUUGUUUUGUUGGUCAGGAUGUUACUGGCCAGAAGGUGGUCAUGGACAAAUUUAUUCACAUCCAAGGUGAUUACAAGGCCAUUGUACACAGUCUAAACCCACUAAUCCCACCUAUAUUUGCUUCCGAUGAGAACACCUGCUGUUCUGAAUGGAACACUGCUAUGGAAAAGCUCACUGGAUGGAGCAGAGGGGAAGUCAUGGGGAAGAUGUUAGUAGGGGAGAUUUUUGGGAGUUGUUGUCGGCUGAAAGGUGCAGAUGCUAUGACUAAGUUCAUGAUUGCUUUGCAUAAUGCAAUUGGAGGCCAGGAUACUGACAAGUUCCCAUUCUCUUUUUUUGACCGAAGUGGGAAAUAUGUGCAAGCUCUCCUGACUGCUAAUAAGAGGGUCAAUAUGGAUUGCCAGAUUAUUGGAGCUUUUUGUUUUGUUCAGAUUGCAAGUCCUGAAUUGCAGCAGGCCUUGAAACUCCAAAGGCAACAGGAAAAGAAGUGCUUUUCAAGGAUGAAAGAGUUAGCUUACAUAUGUCAAGAAAUAAAGAAUCCAUUAAGUGGUAUACGCUUUACUAAUUCACUCUUGGAAGCUACAGAUUUAACGGACGACCAAAAGCAAUUUAUUGAGACAAGUUCUGCUUGUGAGAAGCAGAUGUCAAUGAUAGUAAGGGACGUUAAUUUGGAUAACCUUGAGGAUGGGUCAUUGGAACUUGAGAAGUCAGAAUUCUUACUCGGGAGUGUAAUAGAUGCUGUUGUUAGCCAAGUAAUGUUGUUGCUGAGGGAAAGAGGUCUACAACUGAUCCGGGACAUUCCAGAGGAAAUAAAAACCCUGGCUGUUUAUGGUGAUCAAGCAAGAGUUCAGCAGGUCUUAGCAGAUUUUUUGUUAAAUAUGGUGCGUUAUGCACCCUCUUCUGGCGGUUGGGUGGAAAUUCAACUAAAACCAAGUUUGAAGCAAAUUUCUAUUGGGAUAAACAUUUUGCACAUCGAAUUUAGGAUUGUCUGCCCCGGCGAAGGUCUUCCUCCUGAACUUGUUCAAGACAUGUUCCAUAGCAGUCGAUGGGUGACCCAAGAGGGGCUGGGCCUGAGCAUGUGCAGGAAAAUUUUGAAGCUUAUGGAUGGAGAAGUUCAAUAUAUUAGAGAGUCUGAAAGAAGUUAUUUCUUGAUUACACUUGAACUGCCCAUGCAGCGGAGAGGUUCAAAAAGUGUGGCUUAGUCUAUUAACGGAUUGGAUACAAACCAACUCUCUGGUUCUAGAAGCAAAGCUAGUGCUAAAUCUCCAGUGUUUACUUGGAAGUUAAUGCUUUCCUUGGCAAUCAAAAGAAGCUUUAUUUUGUGGGUACUGAAAUCCAAUGUCAGGAUCUGCGGCAUUUCAGCUAUUUGGCCUGUUAUCGUGCCAUUGGUGCCCAUGCUUGACUGUUGCUGUUUGCCAACCUUGAUCAAGAAUUGUGACCCCAGUAUUCACAUGGAGCUGGAAGAUUUCUUGAAAUGUGACAGGGAUACGUUUACUAAUGACUCGUCAAGUUCCCUUCCCGACUGUGUACUGCAUGCAAGUAUACAUGGGGCCAAAAGGUCAAAGCAGGUGUUUGUAGUUCUUGGCUUAAAGAUAACCCUGGUGAUACGGUUCUAACAAUAAGCUUGUAUUGAGAAGUAUAUAUAGCCUGUAUAGAUACGGUUCUAACAGUAAGCUUGUAUUGAGAAGUAUAUAUAGCUGGUAUUGUUAAAACUGAGUAUAGAUCGUCACAGGUCUUAGGGUAUCCACAUGUGCAGCAGUUUUACACUUUUACUUUAUGGGGUGCUUGAAAGUUUUGAUCGUCUUCUUGUCUUGCUACUUUCUUUCAGGCUGUAUGAUAGCAUCAUUGGUCUAUUUCCUGA